AUGGCGGAAAAUGUGGUAGGUCUGACAGUCCAAAAGAUUGUUGAGCCAGACUCGGACCAAGGAGUUCAUGUCGCCAAUACUCCAGCCAAGCAGGCCAACAAUACCAGCACUGCACCGUCUUUCCACGAUGAUGCCCAGGCAGAGUCUCAAACUGUCUCGGCGAGUUACGCUACACAUAUCAUCGACCCUGCAGAUUAUCCAGAGCCGACCCAAGAAGAGCGGUCGACGCUGCGCAAGGUUCACGACUCGAUCCCGGUCAUUGCCUGGUCGCUAUGUUUCGUCGAGAUGGCCGAGAGAGCAUCGUACUACGGUGUCAAGGCCGCCUUCAACAACUACCUCCAAUUCCCACUCCCCGAGGGCGGUCCUGGCACUGGUGCCAUCGAUCCCAGCAAGCCUGAUUCCCAUGCCGGUGCGCUGAAUCUCGGUCUACAAAAGGCUUCAGCCAUUGGUCUCAUGUUUACCUUUUUGGCCUACGUCAUUCCCAUCUUUGGUGCCUGGAUUGCAGACGUCAAGAUUGGUAGAUAUCAAGCCAUUGUCUGGGGUGUCAUCAUUGGCGGCGUUGCUCAUGUCAUCAUGAUUGGAGGUGCCGCGCCGGCCCUUCUCCAGGCUGGCAAAGGCCUGGCGCCCUUCUUGUUCAGCUAUAUCCUCUUGGCUAUCGGCGCCGGCAUCUUCAAGCCCAAUGUUGCUCCUACCGUCAUUGAUCAGUACAAGUACCAACGAGAGUACACGAAGGUGCUAAAGUCGGGCGAAAAGGUGCUCGUCGACCCCGAGACGACAGUGAGCCACAUUAUGCUCAUCUUUUAUGCCUUUGUCAACGUGGGCGCCUUUUUCUCCAUUGCCGUCGUCUACAUUGAAAAGUACCACAGCUUUUGGCUUGCCUAUCUCGUACCCGGCAUUGUCUACUUUUUGCUGCCGGUCCUGCUCGCCUUUACCUAUAAGCGCACCAUCCGAACGCCGCCUCAGGGUUCGGACCUGACCCGGUUCGUCAAGAUCACCGUGCUGGGCCUCAAGUCCAGCAAGGGCAAUAUCUUUGCCAAGAACUUUUGGGCCAAUGUGGCGCCUUCAACACUCAACGAGCGUGGUGUCGAGGUGGGCUUCUCGGAAAAAGACGUGGACGAUGCGCGCCGGACUUGGCAGGCCGUGCAAAUCUUCCUCUACGUUCCCGUGUGGGUUCUCAACGAUGGCGGUGUCGGCAGUGUGCUCUCCAACCAAGGCGCAGCCAUGACAUCGGACGGCGCGCCCAAUGAUCUCCUCGGUCAUUUCAACCCCUUGGUCAUCAUCAUCUUUGCCCCGUUCAUGGCAGAGAUUGUGUAUCCUUUCCUCAAGCGUAAGAAUAUCAAGUUUGGACGUAUUAGUCGAAUGACGUUUGGUUUCGUUCUCGCUAUCAUCUCCUCCGUUAUUGGUGCCAUUGUGCAAUGGCGUGUUUACGAAACUAGUCCUUGUGGUUACUACGCCAGCGAUUGCGACGGUGUAUCACCCCUCUCCAUCUGGUGGCAAGUGCCCAACGUUGCCCUCGGGGCCAUGUCCGAGGUCUUUGUCAACGUCACGGCCUAUGAACUCGCCUACGCCCGCGCACCGGAGAACAUGCGCUCGACCGUCGUCGCCCUCUUCUUGUUCAUGACGGCUCUCAGCAGCGCGCUCGGCGAGAUCUUGAUCCCCGCCAUUGCGGACCCCACGCUCGUCUGGGCCUGGGCGGCGCCGGGCAUUGCCCUGUUUGUGCAGACCAUCAUCUUUUGGUGGAGACAUGGCCACAUGAAUGAUGAUGUCUUCAUGACUCAAAAGGAGGACUUUUCUGACAGUGUUACUGGAGAGAAGACCAUCAUCUCUUCAAAGGAGGAGUAA